CCGCUUUAGUGACGUAUUUCUAGCUCACUACCUUUUCCUCCUCCUCUUUCCUUCCUAGAGCUCGCCUUACUUCCUGUGGCCGGGGGGAGAAACCGGAGGCGCUGAGCACGGAGCCUUAUGAACCGCGAUGGAUGAGCUUCCACCUCAGUUGACAGCCCAAGAGGAAGGAUCUCAUCCUUAUCUUGUAAUGAAAGACCAAAAACCACCAAUCAUAACUAAGGCUAUUGAUGCAUUGCAUCGACAUAAAGAUGAGUUCUUUAAGAAGUAUGGAGAGGAAGGCACUGAAGCAGAAAAGAAAGCUAUUUCUCUUCUUUCUAAGUUACGAAAUGAACUACAAACUGAUAAGCCAUUGCUGCCUUUGCAUGAUGACUGGGUUGAUACUGAUAUAUGGAACCAAUACCUGGAAGAUCAACAUAAUCUUUUAAAUGAAAAUGACAAAAAAAUAAGCUGGUUUCAAUCUUCUUGGUUGUAUGUAGAGUGUUAUUUAUACCGUAGAAUUCAUGAAGCAUUAGUGCUAAGUUCACCAAUCAGUGACUUUGAUGUAUUUAAAGACUCAAAAGACCAGAAUUUUUUAGAAUCACGAGGUGCUAUUGAGGCUUUAUGUUUUUAUCUACAAGAGUCAAAAAGAACAAUUGAAGUUGUAGAUGAAAAUAUACAAAAAGAUGAAUUUUGUAAACUCUUGCAGAUUAUGUUAUGGGGAAAUAAGUGUGAUCUGGCAGUUGUACCUGGUCAGAGCAUCCCUCAAACAUCUAGUCCACUAACCAUUUUGGAAGGCCUAAAACCUUUCAUUUUAGUGAAUAAUAUGGACGCCCUUUGGUCACUACUUUUAAACAAAAGGAAAAAGAGUCAGGAGAAUUUUUCUGUUAUUAGAGUGGAUUUUAUCCUGGAUAAUGCAGGGUUUGAACUUGUUACAGAUUUGGUAAUGGCAGACUUCCUGAUAGCCUCAAACUUGGCUACUGAGAUCCAUUUCCAUGGAAAAUGUAUUCCCUGGUUUGUUUCAGAUACUAAUAUAAAAGAUGUGAAUUGGUUGAUUACACAAUUAAAAGCUGCUGAGAGCACGUACCUGUCCACGUGUGGGCUUAUCUGGGAGGACUAUCUUAAAAAGAAGACAUGGGUUUACCACGAUCAUAUGUUUUGGACUCUGCCUUUUGAAUAUUGUGCUAUGCCUCAUGUUGCUCCUGACUUAUAUGCUGAUCUACAAAAGUCAAAUUUAAUUCUUUUCAAAGGUGAUUUGAACUAUAGGAAAUUGUUAGGAGACAGAAAAUGGGGGCUUACAAUUCCAUUUCAUGAGGCUUUAAAUGGCUUCCAUCCUGCACCUCUCUGUAGCAUAAGAACAGUAAAAACUCAAGUUCAAGCUGGUCUAGCCCCUGGGCAAGGAGAACAAGUUGCAGAUUCUAAUCCUGAAUGGAUGACCAGUGGAAACUACGGUAUAUUACAGUUUGAUGGAGGGCCUUGAUUUGGCUUAGGUACUUUUUAAACUCUUUAACGAAAGGCUCUAACAUAUACAUUUCUUCCCUAGAAAAGACAUUUAAAAAUUUAAUUACUUUGAGGGUGUUGAGUUAACUUCUUUUUUUGAAUGCUUACAUUUUCAGUAUUAGUUGUAUUGUGAUAUUGCUGAUUAAGGGUCUCUGGGUUCAGCUUCUUUGGAAGUCUUAAUAACAUUUUAUUUCUUACUAUUCAUUGAAGCUUUAUGUCUAUUGUCCAACAUUUCAAGUGAAGUUACUGAGAUGAAUGUAAAAAAAUGUAUUUUUCUUUUAUAGUUAAUUAUAUUUAUUUUUUAUUUAUGUUUUGCCAUUUGAAAAGAUAGUAAGGUACAUGAUAUUGAGUAUUUUGGGAAAUAGUAAAAAUAUCUUAACUUCAUUUUUACUGCUACCACACAUCUUAUGGUUGCAUAAAUUUUAAUUUAUCUAUCCUAAGGAAAAAUUUUGUAAAACUGUUAUGUUUGGAACCAUAAGGAUGUAGAAGAUUAAAUAAUUCAGAGGAAUUGCCUUUUUUUACUUGAAUUUCUUAAUGAUAAUAGCCUGCAUUCACAUGCAUUAUGCAUUCCUAUGCAUGCGUUUACCUUUUUGAGUAAAAUGUAUAUAAAUUACAAAAAAAAACAAGAAAAAAUUAAACAGAUCAUAAGGAGCUGUAUUAUUGAAGAAUGAUAUCUUUUUCAUGCUUAUGAAUUAUAUCUGUAUACCAAAAGAUAUUUUGAUCAAAUUGUCUGUAGAAAUAAAGAAUUUCACCAUGACUGAAAAAGCAUUUAUUCUCAUGCUUUGAAUUUGGAAGGAUGACUUUCCACUAUGGAUCAGUUUUUAAUCUGAAUUGUUUAGAAAGUGUAACUACUUCACUACCUUAGUUUGAAAAAAAUAUAACUGAAUAUGUUUUCUGGAGCUGGGCUAAUAAAACAAAUUGUAUUAAAAUUCUGUUUGGUUUUGUUUUCCAUCACAGAGUUAAAAAUAGACAAUUACAUGUCCAUGCCAAAAGAACUGAAUAAUAAUGUGUCAGUUAUCCAAAAGCAGACUUUGAUGAAAUUAUCUUAGUUCCUUCUUAGCUGGAAAAAAAAAAAAGUUCUAUAGUGACUGUAUAUAAAUUAAUGGUUAAUUUAUUUACUUCUACAUAUUUUCACUUAUGGAUGAUUCUUUUAAAAAAUAAAUAACAUAGAAAGUUGAAUUACCAAAACAAAUAUGAAGUGGGAUAAAAGCAUUUAUAUGAAUGCUCAGGUAUAGUGCAGACUCCUGUUCAGGGAAUUACAUUUUGUUGGAGAAUAAACAACAGCUAUUGGCAGGUCUGUUACAAGUACAAUGUUUACUUACAAUGAACUUGAAAACUGAAAGUUAUUUUUCAUUUCACAGAAUUCCAAGUUUGCUAGUUUAAAAAUAUGUGGUUAAAUUGCUAAAAUAAAAUAUUUGAAAAUUUUU